AUGAAUGGGGAUUCUGCCAAUACGAGUAACAUCAUGCAGGAGGUCAUGGGUAACAUUCCUGUUGCUGGUCCGGGCAGAGGGAUGAUGGGUGGAGGUGGAGGUUUAGUACCUCCUGCUCUCCUGGAAGAGUCUAGAGUUCCGAAGUUCUAUUUAGAUGCUAUAGUAGCUUGUGGAGCUAGUAACUCCACCAUGUCACCUCAUACGGCUUUAGUUUAUAAUCUCAUGGUACGAUCGGGACUGCAAAGAUCCGAACUUUCCUACGUUUGGUCUGCUGUAAACAGAACCUUGCCCGGCCAAUUAACCCGUCCUGAGUUUUUUUCGUGUCUAGCUCUCAUCGCUUUAGCUCAGAAAGGAGAAUCUCUCGCUGCCUUAUCUUCUAUGAGCCAAUUGCCUAUCCCCACAUUACAAGCUGCUCAAGGGAACACACCUCAACUCUCUGCUCCCAUAGUUAACGUUUCAUCCCGUAAUCCCCCUGUUAACAACACUCCCAAACUGCCUUCCAAAACAUCAUUCCUGCCCACGGCUCUACUGCCUAAAAAAUUUCACUUAUCAUCUAAUAAUUCCGCUAGUAACACUCCAGUCUCUAAUAAUUCCCCAACAGAUCUUCUGGGAGACAUUUUCCCUAAUACAUCAACUAAAACUGCAUCAAUCAAUCUCACACCUGAAUCACAGCGUAAGACUUCUUCGUCGUCAACAGUUGAUACUUCUGACCCGUCGACAUCAGAAAAAACUUCACAAGCUAGUCCCAAUUACGACUUCCAUAAUUGGAAUGGAGAGCCUUGUGUUGAGGAAGCCACUGUACAAACAGCGGCAGGCGAUACGCCAGUACGCGUCCUACGUGCUGAGCAGGUGGAGGCACUUGAAAGCAUAAUUCUCGCGAUAUCAUCAAGGUUCAAAGAAUAUGACUUAUUAUUUAAAACUCGAAGCAGCGAUAUAGUGAAAGAAGUUUUCGAGACGGAGAGGGGCGAUCGAUACUUUAGGUCGUUGUUUCAUGCGCAUCUCAUCUUGAAAAGGGCAACGGAGUCGUUGUGUGAUGUGGCCAGUCCUUACAUAUCAAAUAUAAUAAAAGAUUGUGAACGAAUAUGGAAAACGAUCGACACAUACAUCGGAAGUAGUCUUCGGCUGGAGGAAUCUGAGAAGGAACUCGGCAAUAUCAUAUGCGGUGUUUGCUAUCAAUCAACUUGUAGCCCAGUAGAAUUUGCUGGGAGGUCUUAUCACAUAGAUUGUGCUAACCUAUGGGUGAACUCUGUUCGACCAGUUCUUCCUUAA